GAACAUGAAUGUAUGAAUAAAUCUUCUAUAUUAUCUGAUUCAAAAAUACAUAGAGCUAUAGCAUGACAAAUCAAGUCUUUCGUAAUUAUCCAUUUGGAAUAAUAUGACUUAUUUCCAUAAAAUCCGUCAGUGGAGGUAGCCUGUACGUUUUAGCAAUGGAACGUGCUAUUGCUAUUUACCAAUUUCAAGGCAGAGAUGAGGAUGAACUUACAGUGAAUAAAAAUGACAUCCUAGAUAUAAUUCUAAAGAGUAAGGACUGGUGGACAGUACGUGGUAAGGAUGGUAAAAUUGGCUUGAUACCAGUAAUUUUUUUGGCAGCGCCUAUCGAUGACCCUUCCACUAAGGUGGUAUCACGUGGAAAGAUAACAAAAGAAUAUCGAAGCAAUAGUAAAACAGAAAUAUCAGUUGAUUUAGGGGCACAAAUUGCAAUUUUUGACAAAAUGAUGAAUACUGGUGGUCUGUUGGAUGGAAUGGGAAGAUUGGUUAUCUACCAAAGAAAAUCAUUAAGGAAUUCAUGCCAAAAGCGAGAUCAAACCCAGAUGCCGAUUUAAAAGCGUUUGCUUUGACAGUAAUGACACCUUUAAAAGCAUUAUGUGAAGUAAGCUUUGGACAUUGUAAAUUAUUUUUAUAACAGUGCAUCAUGGAAAAAGCUAAUCGAGUUGUCAAACAAACGACGAACUUUGUGCUUAUAGUUUACGAUAC